AAGCUAACUUAGCUUUGUAGCGGUUCAGUAAUUUUUACUGCAGGGCAAAGUUGUGAAAAGACUUAGUGUAAAAAUACUAACAGCCAACCGCCGAGGAAGUUAAGUCAACUGCUAAGUGCUGCUGAUGAAUAAAUAUUUGGAUUGUUUGACAAUGACAGAAGAAAUUUUCCGUUCGAACGAAGAAAAUAAACGACUUAACGUGCUGGAUGCUGUUCAGGAGCCUGAAUUUCACUUAUACACAGCAGAUAUGCACCGCCUGUCAUUGAGUAAAGAAGACAUUCACCCUGAGCAGCAGGAGUGGAAGCUCAGUCAGGAGCAGGACUCAAAGCCCCCCAAGAUCAAAGAAGAGCAAGAUAAACUGUGGAUAAGUGGGGAAGCAGAGCAGAUUUACCAAAUGGAUGAGAUUGAUUUUGUCAAGCCCCCUUUCACUGUUGUCCCUGUGAAGAUCGAAAGUGAUGCAGAAAACCUUGUGUCACCGCAGCUUUAUCACAGCCACACCCGUGAUGGCAUAGAGGCAGAGUUGGUAGCCAGCAACACAUUUAAGUAUAUCACACUGAAAAUAGAUGCUGAUGUAGAGGACUAUGGAGGCUCACAAACAGCCAGCAACUCAGAUCAGUGUCACCCUUUACAUGCAGACACUGAUGGCAGGAGUACAGACUGUUCAGAAACAGAGACUGAUGACAGCUGCAAAUGGAAGCAGACCAGGCAACAUCAUUCUGGUUUAAACUGUCAGAGCAACAGUGACAUCUGUGAAAGUGGGAACAGUUGUAGCAUUGCUAAGAAACAGUUUACUCAUGCUGAAUAUGAAAAAACAUUUGUAUACAAAGAACACAACAGAACACUAGCAAUAAAUAAGAUUAUAGAACAGGACCAUCUUAAAAGAAACAUAACAACUCAUACAGGAAAGAAAUCAUUUGGGUGUUCUGAUUGUGGUAAAAGAUUUACAAAAAACAGUAUUCUGAAUAAACACAUCAGAAUACACACAGGCGAGAAGCCAUAUGAAUGUCUUGAGUGUGGUAAAACAUUUAGAGAAAAGGGCCAUCUAAACAGACAUACAAAAAUUCAUACAGGGGAGAAACCUUUUGGCUGCCUUGCGUGUGGUAAAAGAUUUAGAGAAAAGGAUCAGCUUAAAAUACAUAAGAGAAUUCAUACAGGAGAUAAACCUUUUGGCUGUUCAGAAUGUGAGAAAAGAUUUAUUAAAAAAAUUGAUUUAAUCAAACACGUGAGAUGUCACACAGGAGAGAAACCAUAUAUUUGUUCUCACUGUGAUAAAAGAUUUAGAGAAAAGCCAAAACUGAAUGCACACAUGAGAAUUCAUACAGGAGCAAAACCUUUUGGCUGUUCUGACUGUGGUGAAAGGUUUAGAGUGGAGUGUACCCUGCACAACCACAUGAGAAUUCAUACGGGAGAGAAACCAUUUGUCUGCUGUGAGUGUGGUAAAAGAUUUCGAGUAAAGAGCAGUCUGGUUAAACAUAGCAGAAUUCAUACAGGAGAGAAGCCAUUUGUCUGUUCAGAGUGUGGUAAAAGAUUUACACAAAAGGGCAACCUAAACCAACACAUGAUAAUUCAUACGGGAGAGAAGCCAUUUGGCUGUCCUGAGUGUGGUAAAAGAUUCACACAAAAGGGGCGCCUAAAACGACACAAUAGAAUACAUACAGGAGAUAAACCAUUUGUCUGUCUGGAGUGUGGUAAAAGAUUUAGAGUAAAGAGCGGGUUGAAUAAACACAACAGAAUUCACCUAAGAGAAAAACCAUUUGUCUGUUCUGAAUGUGGUAAAAAUUUUACACAAAAGGCUGGUCUGAACCUACACAUGAUGAUUCAUAUUGAUGAGAAAUACACGCAGCAGCUGUUGGUGAAUAAAGAAGACAUUGUCCCUGAGCAGCAGGAAAGGAAUCUAAGUCUGGACCAGGAAGACUCAAAGCCUCCAAAUGUGAAACAAGAACACGAGAAACCAUGGACAAGUUGGGAAGAGAAGCAGCCUUCACUUCUGAAGGAGGCUGAUUUCACCAAGUUCCAUUUCACUGCUGUUCCUGUGAAGAUUGAAAAUAAUGAUGAGAACUUGGAUUCAUUGCAGUUUUAUCAAAGCAAAACUGAUUACAGUGCAGAGGCAGAGCCUGUAGCUUGCAACUCAACUGAUCAUAGAAUAUUGAAAAUGGAAGCUGGUAUAGAGGACUGUGAAGAGCUACAACCAGCCAGAAUCUCAGAUCCAUAUCUCCAUUUACAAAUAGAUACUGAUGACAGGAGUUCAGACUCUUCUGAACCUGAGACUGAUGACAGUUAUGAAGGGAAUCAGACCGAAGAACCUCAUUCAGGUUUAAACUGCCUGACAAACGAUGAUGCAGUAUAUAUUCAUAACAGUAAGUUUCACCAAAUACAUGUGGAACAAGAGUAUCCUUCAGGACUAAAGCGAACUGUACCUUUAAAUAGCUCACAGUGCAGGGGCUGCAUGAUUGAGAGACAUGGUGAUCGUCCUGAACGGAGCGGCUCAAAAGUCAGGCAAGUUAACCAGCACCUCAGGAGAAGUUAUGACGCUAACUUUAAGCUCAUGGUGAUAAAUGCAGCAGAAUCAUCAAACAACUAUCAAGCAGCCAAAAAAUACGGUGUGACAGAGUGUAAUAUUCGUAGAUGGCGAACCCAAAAAGAUUGUCUUAAAAAUUCUAACAGUCAGCGAAAAGCUUACCGUGGUCCUAAAAAUGGCCGCUUUCAGGAAAUUGACAGGAAAGUGUGGCAGUAUGUGGUUGAUAAAAGAAAUGAGGGGCUGCCUAUAACCAGAGCUGCCAUCCGACUGAAGGCCCUGGAGAUCGCCGAAGAGCUGAAUAUUCCCACUAGUGAGUUCAAAGCAAGUCUCAGCUGGUGCAGAAGAAUGAUGCGGCGUAAGGGAAUAUCAUUACGCAGCCGAAGUCAUCUUGACAUGCAACAGCUGCCAGUAAGUGACAUUGUCCCUAAACAGCAGAAGGGUAAUCUGAAUCUGCACCCAGAGGACUCAAAGCCACCAAAUAUUAAAGAGGAACAGGAGGAAGUCUGGAUACAAGAAGAAGGAAAUCAGCCUCAUAACCUGGAGGGGGUUGAUAUCACCAAGUUCCUUUUUGGUGUUGACAGCAAAAGUGAAGAAAAACCCCAAACUGACGGACAGUGCUAUGGAGGACCACAUCCAGCCCACAACAUUCAUCCAUAUCACGAUUUACAACAAGAUAAUUAUGACAGGCAUUCAGAUUCUUCUGAAACGGAGACUGACGAUAGCUAUGACUGGAAGCAAGCCAGAGAACCUCAUUUGGAUUUAAAUUGUUUGAAAAGCAGUGAGGUGUCUGGAACCGAUCAGUGUCAAAUAGCAAAGAAAGAAGUGAACUGCUGUGAUUAUGGAAUAAAAUUUGAUCACAUGAGCUGUUCAAACCAAAACAAGCAAAUAGAUGCAAGUGAGAAACGGUAUAGAUGCUCCGAGUGUGGUAAAAAGUUUGGACAUAAGAGCAAUCUGAACAGACACAUGAGAAGUCAUACGGGAGAUAAACUGUUUGGGUGCUCUGAGUGUGGUCAGAAAUUUGGACAAAAGGAUUAUCUGAGCAUACACAUGAGAAUUCAUACAGGAGAGAAGCCAUUUGGCUGCCCUGAGUGUGGUGAAAGUUUUCGACAACAGAGCCAUCUGAACAUCCACAUGAGACUUCAUACGGGAGAGAAACCAUUUGUCUGCUCUAUAUGCGGUAAAUGCUUUAGACAAAAGAGCCAUUUGAAUCUACACACAAGACUUCAUACAGGAGACAAACCAUUUGGCUGCUCUGUGUGUGGCGUAAGAUAUGGACGGAAGGACGAAUUAGACAAGCACAGAAGAAGCCACACAGGAGAGAAACCAUUUGGCUGCUCUGAGUGUGGUCAAAAAUUUCCAGAAAAGGCCACUCUGAACAGACACACGAGAAUCCAUACAGGAGAGAAACCAUUUUGUUGUUCUGAGUGUGGUAAGAUAUUUGGACACAAGUGCAAUCUGAAACACCACAUGAAAAUUCAUAUCAGGCUGUCUGCAAGUGAUUUAGCACCAGGUUCUUCACAAACAUGAGGUGCGAAAAAGGAGGGGGUGGCCACAUAGCCAUCCGCGCCCC